AGUCUCAUCCGAAAACGACUACGUAUGCCACGGACGAAACACGAGGGUAGUGUGUAUAAACGGUUUUGAGAAAAUGGCUAAUUUGAGACAGACUCCUUUGACUUGCAGUGGACAUACUAGACCAGUAGUGCAUUUAGCUUUUAGUGAUAUAACGGAAUGUGGAUACUUUUUAAUAUCGGCUUGCAAAGAUGGCAAGCCCAUGCUACGCCAGGGAGACACAGGUGACUGGAUUGGCACAUUUGAGGGUCAUAAGGGUGCUGUUUGGGGUGUUGCACUAAACCCGCAGGCAUCAAAAGCUGCCACAGGUGCAGCUGAUUUCAAUGCCAAGGUGUGGGAUGCUGUUUCCGGUGAAGAAAUUCAUUCUUUUCAACAUAAUCAUAUUGUAAAGAGUGUUAAUUUUUCUUCAGAUAGUGAACUUUUUGUAACUGGUAGCAACGAAAAGCUUAUCAGAGUCUUUGAUCUCAACAAACCAGAAGCAAGCCCUUCCACAUUUGCUGGACACACUUCGGGAAUCAGGCAUGUGUUGUUCUUCAGGAAUGACUCUCAUCUUGUGAGCUGUGCUGACGAUCGCUCUCUCAGAGUUUGGGACCGAACAUCUGGACAGGAAGUACAGAAACUUGAAUUCUCAGCCAUUCCCAGUAGUUUGGAGGUGUCACGAGAUGGUACAACGAUUACUGUGACCCAUGGGAAUAUAGUAAGCUUUUGGGAUGCAAACAGCUUGGAGAAGAUAAGAGAAUUCACCGUCCCUACACAAGUAAAUUCUGCAUCGUUGCAUCCUGAUAAAACUAUAUUUGUUUGUGGUGGAGAAGACUUGAAAAUGUAUAAAUUUGAUUACACUACAGGAACUGAAAUUGAAUCCUUCAAAGGUCACUUUGGACCAGUUCACUGUGUGAGGUUCUCCCCUGAUGGUGAGCUGUAUGCUUCUGGUUCAGAGGAUGGAACUUUACGUUUGUGGCAGACAACCGUUGGCAAGACGUAUGGCUUGUGGAAAUGCAUUGAGGGAACACUGGCAGAGCCAAUUGCCCCACAAAAGCAGGAAGUUUCAGCCAGCUAGAAUUGACUGCUAUGGAAGUCUCGUAUUUAUUUGACUUUAUAAAUAUGUAUAAAAAGAAUUAUCUUUUGACAGCUGAAUCUCUCUCGUGUUGUCAUGAUUUUCAGUGACUGAGGACACUUCAUAUGAUAGGGUUUCAAGGAAAAUGGAGGAGGAGAAAGAAACUUACUGCUUCAUUUCAUGUUUCUCUGGGAGAGACAUGUGAUUUUUUUUUUUUUUUUGGAUGCAUUCAUGUGACAAUUACCAUGAACGAAGACAUCACUUGUGGUAGUUCUGAAUUGUUUAAACACUUUUUUUUAAGUGAGUCACAAAAUAUUUAAUGGCUCACCAAGUUGUACUUCUGCAAUUUUAACCCAAGUCUUUAGAACUCCCUGCAUUUAGAACUGUUACUUUCUUUGUGUAGUCAGUUCAGCUCCUAUUAGAAAUAUUUAAGCAUUUUUGUUAUAAAUUGUUUUGCUUUGUAGUAAAUAUUGAUGUGUAGCUUUUUGUGGGAAUCACAGUGAGGAAAUGUAUUCAUCAGACCAUUAAAUCAUUAACUAGUAUUUACAAAUGGCAGUAUUUCCAAUUUUGAUAGAUCUUAGCUAUAGUAGUAUAUAUUUUGCAGCUUACUCAAUGUGCAGUAGUUUCAACUGUAGAGCCAUGUUAGUUAUUGAAAAACUUUGCUCCUGUGAAUAUAGGACCUUUUCUCAUGAAAAUUUCAGAUUAUAGACUCAUAAAUUGUCCAAUUGUAAAAAUAUACAUAAAUGUGGUUUCAUGGAGUAUAAAAUUUUAUUAUGAUUUAUUGGCAACCUUUGCAUUUUUGUGUUAAAAUCAUAUUUUAUGGCUUACGUUUUUAUUUCUGAUUCAGAUGUAAUUACCUUGGUAAGAUUUCUCACAGUAAUGUUUUAUGGUUUAACCAGAGCAGUUCUAAAUGAGUAUUGUGGGCUGAAUGUAGUAAUUUUUCAUUGUUGUGUAAAGCUAAUUUUUAAUUCAUGACAAAUAGGAUAAGGGUAUAGAAAUAAUUCUAGUAUAAUUGUGCAUUUCAAUAAAUGUAAGUAUUCAUUGUAGGUGAUGGUAUAUCUUUUUGUAUAUGUGUGACUGUAAGUGGGACAGGUAUGCCAAGUUCCUGGGGCCAAUGCUAAUUUGGAAUCAGUUUCCACAGUGCAUUUACUAGGGCCAUGAAUUAGAAAUGUGGGAGUGGGCAUACCAAAUGAAUAUUUUUCUCGGGCUGUGUUCGUAAAAAGAACACAUGGGGUAUACGAAGUGGUUUGAGCAUAGUGUAUUUUAUAACAUUAAUACUUUUUAUACCAUUAAUAAAUAGUAGCUUCCAUUUUGUACAGUGUAUUUAUUGUGUGGAAGAACUAAGCCAUUAUAAGAGUAUGUAUGCCCUGUAUAUUAUUGACUGUAUGAAAUUAAUUAUGUAAAAAGUUCAUUGUAAAAUGAAAUAAAUCUGUACAUGUUUUGUUCAUAUAUUAUGUAAAGAUCUGUAUUAGUUUUUAGUACAAUCAUAACAGUUGCAGUAAACAGGUCCCAGAAACUUCCAUGAAAUAUGCUCAACUGAACAAGAAGCAUUUCCGGGUGAACAAUGAAGUGCUUGGGUGUGGUACCAUUUUAGUAAAAAUAUGUAAGUAGGUGCUGAAUAUGAAGUUCUGUCAAAUUACAGUUGAAUAAAUGGGAAACAUGAAUAAUUGUUCCAUGAAGGCAAAAACUCUUAAGAAGCUUGUAGAGACAAAAAAACUGAAUCAAAAUGAGAAAUCAGGGUUGCAGUACUCGAGCAUCAUUUGUUGCUGACAAAAAGAGAUAGGUUAGCAGUGAGGUAGUGAGAGGGUGAGGGGUAGGAGGACAAACUGCCUCUAUACCAGUAAAAGACAUUGAGUAAUACUAUGAUUAUACUUGUGCUUGGGUUCCUCUUCUAUUCCAGUUUAUCUGAAUUCUUAACAUUCUCACUGUAAGAAAGGGCAGCCAACUUCAUAGACCACUACACAUGAAGCUGCAACUGUUAACCUCAAUUUUAUUGUUGUUAGUAUUUUGUUAAUAAUUUAUUUCAAGUUAAAUAAUAAGUGUACUCAUGUAGGGAAUUUGAGGACUUCAUACAGGUGUUUUACUAUUGUAGUUUGUCACAGCAUGGAUCAGCUAUCCUUCAUUAUAUUAAAAUGUUGCAUAAAAACACACUUGUUAUUUUUCUAACAAGAAGUGCUGUUGUGGAACAGCAUGUGAAAAUAGGGUGCAGGAGACUGCUUGAUGACAUUGGACUAACUUUCCUUUCGUUUACCACGUGUGCCAUUUCAGUCUUGUUGUCUACCUGUAUUCUGAAGAAUGAAUAUUAAAAAAUUCUAGAGAUUUAA